AUGUCCAGUACGAUGAGCGCUGCCGGCUCGGCUGCGGCCUCGAGCAAACCAUCACCAACUGCGAACACCAAGCCAAACCGUCUGCCUGCUCCAACGCUUUUUGUAGGGCCUCCGUCUCGCAAUGCCUCGCAGCUAUCCAUAUCGAGGACUGCCACCCAUGAUUCCAGCCGACAGACUCGCGAUGCGUUGAGCAGGCAAAAGUCAGGGCUGUCGCGACCCUUUAAUCCUGACCACGAGGCCUCCGUUGCGAAUGGAGAUAUAUCGCGGGAGAAUGGCACACUUCGGCCCUUGAAGAAGGCAAGCGACAAGAACAUCGAGGCGAAAUGGAAGGAGAUGCAGAGUACCCUCAACGAGGUCGAACUAACAGCACAAAGCUCGACCCACGUCUUUGGCGAGAGUCACGCAGCAGCAUUGGACGAGCUACGAAAAGCACAGGUAGAACUGGCUCGCGCUUGGGGACGAGGCAAUGAGAACAAGGCCUCCGGCGCCGAGAAUGAUCUUGAGCUCAACAUCAAUCGUUUCAAAGGCGCCGAGGACUUGGCGAUGGACCGCAGAGAUCAGCAUAGGAAGCGAGCAGACACAGCAGCGAGUACUUCGACAGCACUCUCCGAUGAGAGUAUAAGGAGUGACAGUACUGCAAAGAGUGGACGAAGUCAGCUUGAAGACGAGACCGCGCAAGACAUCAAGCUUGCAAGCGAAAGGAGAGCUGUGAAUGAGGCUUACUUCAGGAAGGUCGACAGUGGGGUCAAAGAUGUUGUGUCGAAGCUUGAAGCAGUCGCAGAAGCCAUGAGGGGAGUAGAAGGAGAAAGCCGAAGUCUCUGGAGCAACUCGGACAGGAGCUCGACGAGCCUCGAUACGCAGGAUCGACGGGAAGUCGAUGACAAGAGGACUGGAUGA